CGGCGAGGGGGCGGGGCUUCCUUCCUCCGGCGCGACUUCCGGCCCCGAGCGCCGCGUCCUGUUUUCUCCCUCAGCGGCCACAGGGACGGAGGCGGAGAGGAGAAAAAGAGGAAGAGAAGCGGAAACCAGUCCGGUUGGGGAUUCGCGGAGGAGGAGGAGGAGGAGGCCGCAGCCGCCGCCAUGGUGUAGCCGCGCCGUGGUGGGCGUCAGAACCGGACGGAGUGUGGGGCCGGCCCCUUCCCUUCAGGCGGAGGAAACAUACUAGAAUACAGUCAUAGCAAUGGAGUCCAUGCUUAACAAACUGAAGAGCACUGUCACCAAAGUGACUGCAGAUGUUACUAGUGCAGUCAUGGGAAAUCCAGUCACUCGGGAAUUUGAUGUUGGACGGCACAUUGCUAGUGGUGGCAACGGGCUUGCUUGGAAAAUUUUUAAUGGCACCAAAAAGUCAACAAAACAGGAAGUUGCAGUUUUUGUUUUUGAUAAAAAGCUCAUAGACAAGUAUCAGAAAUUUGAGAAGGAUCAAAUUAUUGAUUCCUUAAAACGAGGGGUUCAACAGCUAACAAGACUUCGACAUCCCCGGCUGCUAACUGUGCAGCAUCCAUUAGAAGAAUCUCGGGACUGUUUGGCAUUUUGCACAGAACCAGUUUUUGCAAGUUUAUCCAAUGUUCUUGGCAACUGGGACAAUCUUCCAUCACCUUUACCAUCUGAUAUCAGAGAAUAUAAGCUCUAUGAUGUGGAAACCAAAUAUGGUUUGCUUCAAGUUUCUGAAGGCUUAUCAUUUCUACAUAGCAGUGUGAAAAUGAUCCAUGGCAACCUCUCUCCAGAAAACAUCAUUUUAAAUAAAAGUGGCGCAUGGAAAAUUAUGGGAUUUGACUUUUGUAUUCAAUCCAUAAAUCCAUCUGAACAAGAGCCAAAAUACUCUUGUAAAGAAUGGGACCCAAACUUACCAUCUUUGUGUCUUCCCAAUCCUGAAUAUUUGGCACCCGAAUACAUUCUUGCAGUAAGCUGUGAGACGGCUAGUGACAUGUACUCUUUAGGAGCAGUUAUGUAUGCUGUGUUUAAUAAUGGAAAACCUGUUUUUGAGGUCAACAAGCAAGAUAUUUACAAAAGUUUCAGUAGACAGCUCGAUCAGCUUAGCCGCUUGGGUGCCAACAAUCUUCAAAACAUCCCAGAAGAGGUCUGUGAGCAUAUCAAGCUACUUUUAAAUGUCGCUCCUGCUGUCAGACCAGAUGCAGACCAAAUGACUAAAAUUCCAUUUUUUGAUGAUGUUGGGGCUAUGACACUACAGUAUUUUGAUUCUUUAUUCCAAAGGGAUAAUCUUCAAAAAUCCCAGUUUUUUAAAGGGCUGCCAAAAGUUUUACCCAAGCUACCCAAGCGUGUUAUAGUGCAGAGGAUUUUACCUUGCUUGACAUCUGAAUUUGUAAAUCCAGACAUGGUACCUUUUGUAUUGCCCAAUGUUCUGCUAAUUGCGGAGGAGUGUACCAAAGAAGAAUAUGUAAAACUAAUUCUACCUGAUCUCAGCCCUGUGUUUAAACAGCAGGAACCAAUCCAGGCUAGCAACAUGAUCCUGUUGAUAUUUCUUCAAAAGAUGGACUUGCUACUAACUAAAACACCUGCAGAUGAAAUAAAAAACAGUGUUCUGCCAAUGGUUUAUAGAGCCUUAGAAGCACCUUCAAUUCAGAUACAGGAACUUUGCUUAAACAUAAUACCUACAUUUGCCAACCUCAUAGACUAUCCAUCAAUGAAAAAUUCUUUGAUACCAAGAAUUAAAAAUGCAUGUUUACAAACAUCAUCUCUUGCUGUGCGGGUAAAUUCCUUAGUCUGUUUGGGAAAGAUUUUGGAAUAUUUGGACAAGUGGUUCGUUCUUGAUGAUAUUCUGCCUUUUUUGCAACAAAUUCCUUCCAAGGAGCCUGCCGUUCUUAUGGGAGUUUUAGGCAUCUAUAAAUGUACAUUUAGUCAUAAAAAACUAGGAAUUACAAAAGAACAGCUAGCAGGAAAAGUGCUGCCUCAUCUGAUUCCUCUCAGCAUUGAGAACAAUCUGAAUCUGAAUCAGUUUAAUUCCUUCAUUUCAGUCAUAAAAGAGAUGUUAAGUAGAUUGGAAGCUGAGCAUAAGAUCAAACUCGAACAAAUCCAUAUUAUGCAAGAACAGCAAAAAUCUUUGGAUAUAAAUCAAAUGAAUAUGCCUGAAGAAAAAAAAGGCAACAAUACAGGCAAUCAGAUUGACAAGGUAUUUACCAAUCUAGGAACAGAUAUUUUGACUAGUGGAUCUGACUGUAAAGAGAAUGGACUGGUGACAAAUCAGAGAAAGGGAUCACUUACACUUGAAGAAAAGCAAAAGUUAGCAAAAGAACAAGAACAAGCUCAGAAACUGAAAAGCCAGCAGCCACUUAAACCUCAGACUCAUACAAUUACAGCUCCAGUCAAACAGACAAAGGACUUGACUGAUACUUUGAGAGAGAACAUGGCAUCAUUGACCAACCAAUCUGUUAACAAAACUAAAGUAUCUUCUUCAAGUAGCUUUUCUUCAGUGGGUAUUGGAAUGGGAUUUCCAUCACCUGUUGAAAGCACUAAGAGAAAUGGACUAAAUGCUAAUAUAGGAUUUCAGCCUUCUGGAUUUGGCAUGGGAAUUGGAACCACAAGUCAGAAUUUCUUCGGUAAUACUGGCGUUACUGGAAUGGCCAAUAUGAAUAUGUUGCCAGCAGCAAAUAUGACACCUUAUUCCCCCAUGAGUACCACACCUGCGGUUUCACAGCCAACACAGCAAAGUAGGCCUCCAGAUAUGUCUGCUUUAGAUAGCCUGUUUGGGCCUCAAAAACCCAAAAUGAGUAUGAAUCAAUUGUCUCAACAAAAAACAAACCAGUGGCUUAACCAGUUUGUACCUCCCCAGGGUACCAACAAUUCUGCUUUGGGAACACAGAUGAAUGUAAUGGGACAACCUGGCUUUGGCUUACAGGGGAAUCCUUUCUUUAAUCCUCAAAACUUCACACAGCCAGCAAACAGUAUGACAACCAGCAGCUCAGCUAGCAAUGACUUAAAAGACCUUUUUGGGUAAUAAUUGUAAUUGUGAGCAAGUUGGUUUAAUAUAUAUUUAUGUAUGACGAAAAGCUGAUUUGAGGAAACUCAUCUAGCAAAAUGGACAAGAAAAGGCAGUUUCCAGGAUGGCCUAAUAGUAUAUUUUAUUUCCCUAUGUAUUUAAUUUUUGUAAGCACCAAGUGGUCCCUUCCCCCUAAUUUCACCACUUUUAAAGUCAGGUUGAAUCAAUCAACGUACUCAGAAAAAUUAGACCUCAUACUUUGCAACUUCAGGAAUUUCUGUUCUGACCACUGUGUUUUACAAAUAAACAUCUUGCAAAUAAAUACAAGCAGAUAGGUUGUAAUUGCUGAAAAGCUGUUGGGUCUGUUAUGUACACAAGACUGCAAAUAUGUGCUGAAUCCUGGUCUCUUGUUAAUUUUGCAUUGACUGCGUUGGUAUAUUAUUGAGUUACAAAUACCUCUUGGUAUAGAAUCAUUUAUAGUUGGCAUGUAUUGGAAGGGAGAUUUUUGUGAACACGUGAGACUAGAUUUAAGGUUAAGAUUUUUUUUAUCUCAGUAUAAAACAAGGUUGGUUUGAAAGGGAAUUAUAUUCUUCAGCAAAAAUGAAGCUGCUAAGGUGACCAUGUUACAUCAAUUCCUACUGAUAAUGUCAAAAUAUCUGGUCCCAUAGUAGAAACCACAUUGCUGGCAAGGCUAUCUUAAUGUCCUGGCUAAAAAUGUGGGAUUGUUUAAUCAUACAAAAAAUAAUACAGGUGCAAAUUAAUGAAUGAAGUCUGUUUCAGACCGUCCAUAAGGAAUUUGAGACUUAAUAAUAUGGAAAGUAUGUGGCACCUUCUCAGACAAAAAUGGGACUUUCAAAUCCCUAUGGUUUACUCUUAUUGUGGAUUUCUUUGACUGCUGCUAAUGUCUUUCUUUAGAUUAAAAGAAAAAUUCACAGUCUGAGACAGAUUGCUUAAUUUUAGGCCAAUCCCAUUUGGAAGAGUAAUGUAACCAUUUAAUGGUUCUGCAUACUCCAUGGAAGUGUUGUUCCAAAUGUAAAAAAAGGAUUUCCUGAGUAAGAAGCAGUAGUACAUCUUGCUUAACAGGAGUGGAAUGUUCAUCUUCUCUACCAAACUUCCUCUAUCUUUACACAGUUACAAUUUCUACUGGUGUUUAACUAUUUCUUCCCUUGGGUUUUUGGGAUCUUUCUUAUAUAACACUUUGGAUUAUGAGUGGCUAUUUUGAGAAGCAAAGAAUUGGUUAACUUUUUUUUACACAAGACACCCUACACACAUUAUUUUUCGAAGCCUUUCACUGAUUAAAUUGUUUCCAUUUGCUGCUUAAGAAACCAAAGGGCCUUAUGCUGUAAAUGUGAGCUGUAUUUUGUUAAAUUAUAUUUCCAGUUUCAAGCAGUAAUGAUGUUAAAUGUACUUUAAGAACUUUAUAUUAUAUCUGCUGCCUUAGUACUUUUAUUUUGUAUUUUGGGACCAUUGAUGAAAUUUGUGUUUUUUAAAGGAAAAAAAAAACACUUGUGUUAUUUAUGUACUGUUGAUAUUAUGACUAAAGUAUGCUUAAUUAGUUAUAUAAUUGUGUGUGAAAUUAUGCUGAUUAAAUGUGUUAGGCGUACUUCUAGUUCCUGGUAUGGUCUCCAGAUAUCCCAAAACUUCAAAUUUCACAUUUAUGGCAUAUAAACAUUUCUCUAAUGCUAAGUUUAAACAAAAGACAACAAAAUGUUUAAGACAAAUUUUGCCUAUAUUAUAUAGAAAGCAAAAAAUAAAUAAAUAAAGCAAGAAGGUGAAUGAUUUAUGAUAGUCGAGUGUCACAUUUAGAGAGGACGUGAACCAUGUUAACUUGAAAAGUUCCAUCAGGUCUGAUCACUCCAUCAGAACAUACGAGAGACGUAGGCCUAAUCCAACCAUGGCUCUGCAGUGACAACACAACAGAACUUCCUUUUCCUUUCCUCCUCUUUGCACCCCUUUCAAUAGCCCAAACACUAGUUUCAGAUGAUUUCCUAGCAUUCUAGCAUAAGUUUUUGGGAUGUUUAGGGAUUGUAGUCAGAGUGAAAAUUUGCCACCUUGCUUCCACUAGACUUCGCUGUUCCUGCAACAGAUAUAUGCCUCUGAAUUAUGUUCAUUGGGGGGAUUUGUUAAGAUUCAAGCUAGUCCAUAGCCUUGGAGAGUUGACUGUAUCAAACCUUAAUUCUAUAGGAGGCAAUGAUAGUUUUGCCACUGUUUUUUUCCACACCAGAAUGUUCAUUUGUUCUAAGGAGAAAAUUGCAAUGGGAAAACCUUCAUGCCUGAUCAACAUAAAACAUUUCUAAAAUAUUUUUGUCAACUUGUUGCUGCUUAUAAUACUAUCAGGUAAUUUUGGAAGAUUCAAGAAAAGAAGAAGAAGAAAAUGUAUCAACUUUCGUGUGUGAGUUGUCAUCUAUCCAUUAGGAGUCAUUAAUAUUUUAUUAAAAUUGAUUCCUCUUGAAAUAAUUUAAAAACGAGAUUCUUUGUUUUGUACAAGAGGUAAGAGAAGACUAUUUCACUUAUUCAUAGCAUAGUUUCCAUUGGGUUGCAUUUCAAAAUUGGAUUCCCAGUAGAGUUAGUGAAUAUUUCUCUGACUUGUUAAUGCAUGUAUCUGCUUUUAUGACAGAUUUUUUUUCUUUACGGUGAAUCAAACAAAGGCAUUGCUUUGACUCAGUAACUUUCUUAGUAUUGAUGGCAUCAGUGCUGUCACAUUUUAUUAUGAGUGGACACUUAACAGUCGCCACUGGCAUGGGUGUGAUGACUCGAAAGGCAUUUAGAUUAAAGGAGAAUGAAAGGCUUAAUGCCUAAGAAUCGAUUUUCUGUACACUGUAAAAUAUGUACAAUUUCUUAAUUGUCUUUCUUGAUGUACAGUUUUAACUCAUGUACCAAAUUCCAGAUCAUCAAAUUCUUCGGAACACAGAGAUUCCAAAAUAAAUUCUAAAAAUGAUUCUGAAAUAAUUGUGAGGAGGAAAUCACACAAGUGCUUCCAUAUCUACAUUUAUUAUGUGCCAAAUCCUAUUCACAUAGCAUGUCGCUAUAGGGAUCAUAAUAAGUCAUUAAAUCCAUAAUCCUAAGAAAAUUUAUGAGUAAUAUGGCUUCCCUAGCAUAAUAUCCAAGAGGCACGAGUCAGCAAAGAGGAAAAGUUACAUGGAUUUUUCAUCCCCCUAAAUGGAGAAAGAGAAAAGUGGCUUGUUUGGAACAGCAGUAGUUUCCUCUCAAAUUGAAGUAUUCCCAAAAGAAAUUUUGGAAAUGGCGGCUUUUUAAAAAUAUAUAUAUGUUUAUGUAUGGGCAUUUUCAUGGUUUUCCUCAUUAAAGUGAAUGAAUUCUAAUCACUAAUAGAUAUAGAUAUAUUUUCAGGUGUGCCCUGAAAUCUUAAUUGACUGGACAACAAUUCUAAUAUGUGAAAGUGACACUUUAUGGGGAAAGAAAAUACAAUUUCAUCAGUAACAUUGGAAUUCUAUCUGAUGUUUCCCUCCCAAAUAUAUUAAGUAUAUUGUUUCAUCAUAAGUUAAAACAUGACUAUUGUUUGUAUAUUAAUGUAUGGUAAUUACAUUGACUAUUUCAGUGAAUGUUUGUUGUGACAGCUGACUUACCGUUUUCCAUAGGCAUGGUUCACAUAGAAAAUUAUUCAUACCUUUGUAAGCUGUGGCUAUGACACGGUGACUGAACCAGCAUGAAACAAGUAUAUAAUUCUGAAGUAAAUAACUUCUCUUCCAUUUCUGGUGGCUAUUUGUGGAUAUUUUUCUUGUUUAGUUAAAUGUGUGCAGUUUCAGAUUUUUUUAAAUAUAAACAAUCCAAUGUUUACAUCACACAAAUUGUUAUGUACUUACUGUCACACAAGUGUGUCCCAUCAGAUUCGGUAAUAAAUCUAUUACUACUGAGUCCAUGUGUAAGAUUACCCUUGUUACUCAAUGCUAGCUAAACCUGUCUUUUUUGGUGAUGUAAAAUAUACGGGUUUUUGCAUUAUAUGGUUGGGAUUUCAUUUCCUGUGCUGAGAUACAAUAGAUUGUGGUGGGAAACAAAAUUGACUAUCAAUCUAGGACUAUCCCAAGGGUUUUCUGAAUUUCAACCCUGUGUUUUAAUCUAAGUUUUGAAAACAAUUGCAUCAAUUGUACAGAAGUGUUUAAAAGCUGAGGCUCCCCUUGAAGUGCUAAAAUGCAGGAUAUUAUAAGCACUGUGUAUAAUUCCCAAGUUGUAUAUCAAAAUGGCUUUAUAUGUAUUGAACUCAGGCUUGAUUCAAAAAUAUUUAAUAAGCCCCUACUUAGUAGUGGCGAUUUUUAUGUUUAGACUUUUAAGACAUUCAAAUUGUUUUGUGUAAAGUGGUUAAUAAUAUUACUUUAGUGUUGCUGUGGUUCAUGGUCAGAAUGGAUGGAGCAUGAAAUUCUAUUUUGGUUUAUUGGACUUUGCUGCUCUUACAAACAAAUCUAUUCUUUAUAUCAGUUUUUCAAAUUAGUAAUACUUAAAAUAAAUAUACUGUACAGGCUGGUUACAAGAAAUUCCUUCCACUUUGUACUUCGGAUGAAUAACUGUAGUUUUGAAAUGCUGAAUGAUGUUCCUAUAUUGAAAUAAAGAUUUUCUUUUCCAUA